AUGGCGACCACAGGCUAUCUUAAUGCGACCUUAUUGAGAGCUAUCGAUAACGCGAAUGAGGUGAUUCUACGUGCAGCGUUAAAGUCGAUAUGCGAGUUAUCGGAAGAAAGCAGCAAGCAAGCGGCGCAGCUCCUCAUUGUAUCCUUGACCGAGUCUUCUCCAAAGUCCAAUUCUCUGAAGCGCAAGAUAAGAGAUAAAAAAUUUGAAGAAGCUAAAGAAGGAUCAUAUCUAGACGGUGAAGGAUCUGAAGAGGAAGAUUCAGAAGAAGAAGAUUCAGAAGACAACCUGUCGGAGAAAGAAGCGCCUGCACAAAAGAAGACAAAAUCAGCAGAGGUGCCAAGAUAUGAGAAAUGUGUGGAUUGUGGAGAGACCUUUGAUAUCACGAUGAACAAUGCUGAGGCCUGCCGCACCCACGACGGUAGGUUUCCUAAGGAGCCCCGCCGACUUACCAAAUGCACUGCUGAUGUAUUUAUCCCCACACAGGCGAGCUGUAUAUCGAUGAGGAAUGCUUUCCUGAUGAUGAUGAAAUUGCCUAUUCCAUUGGGAAUAUCGAUCCGUACACCGACUGGCGUCGAAAAACUUCUCCAGAGGGGUUUCUUUGGGACUGUUGCGAGGAGAACUGCGAAAAUAAGGGUUGUUGUGUGGGUUACCACGUAG